AUGUCGCAAGUCUGGCAGGAGGCUAAGGCCGCCGACGGCAAGAUCUACUACUACAAUGUGCAGACGAAGGCAACCCAAUGGACGAAGCCGGUGGAGAUGAUGAGCACGGCGGAGAGAGCAUUGCAAGAUCUCGCCUGGAAAGAACACAAGGCUGCCGAUGGGAGGGCCUACUGGUACCAUGCGCAGACGCGAGAGACCACCUGGUCGAUGCCCGAUGAAUAUCGCCAGGCGUUGGAGAAGGUGCAGGAAGCGCCGCCGCACGGGCUUCCCGCGAUGCCCGCAUUCGUCGCGGGAGGCACGCAACAGUUCGGCCAACAGCAGCAGCAGUCCCAGAAUACCGAGCGUGCACUUGCGAUUCCGGGGCAGCUGAUGGAGGCUGCGGCUGAUGGUACUGCGAGACCGAUGACGUUGCCUGCGUCCAUCACUGCGACCGACAAGAACGAGCCCCAGUAUAGCAACUUUGAUGAGGCUGAGGGUGCGUUCGUGAAGCUGUUGCGUCGUAGCAAUGUUGGCGCCGAUUGGACUUGGGAGAGGACGAUGCGUGCGAUCAUUAAGGAGCCGCAGUACCGUGCGCUGAAGGAUCCCAAGGAUCGUAAGGCCGCCUUCGAUAAGUACAUUGUCGAGCUGAAGCAACAGGAGCAAGAGAAGGCCAAGGACCGCAUUGCGAAACUGAGGCAGGAUUUCUCUGUGAUGCUCAAGAGCCACCCCGAGAUCAAAUACUACACUAGAUGGAAGACUGCGCGCGUCAUGAUUGAAGGUGAAACUAUCUUCCGUUCCACAUCCAACGAAGAUGAACGCCGACAGCUGUUCGACGAGUACAUUCACGAGCUUCGCAAAGCCGAGCAGGAGCGCGAGCAGCGUACGCGGAAGGAAGCAAUUGACGAUCUUGUGGGCUUGCUCAAGUCGCUCGAAAUGGAGCCGUACACUCGCUGGUCAGAAGCCCAGACGAUUAUCAAGCAGAAUGAACUUUUCCGGUCUGAAGAAAAAUUCCAGGCUCUCUCCAAGCUCGAUGUUUUGAACGCGUUCGAAAGCCACAUCAAAGUCCUCGAACGAGAAUUCAACGACAAAAGACAGCGUCUGAAGACCAUGAAGAACCGAAAGGAGCGCAAGAGUCGGGAAGCAUUUGUUGCUCUCCUCAAUGCACUGCGCUCAAAAGGUGAAAUCCGGGCUGGAUCCAAAUGGAAGCAAGUGUUCCCCUUGAUUAAGGAUGACGAGCGUUAUCAGAACAUGCUGGGACAAAGCGGAUCAACGCCCUUGGACUUGUUCUGGGAUAUGAUCGAGGAGAUGGAGCGUGAUGUUCGCUUGAAGAGGAACACUGUGCAAGAUGUCAUGGAGGAAAAACGCUUUGAUAUCACUGAAAGUACCUCUCUCCAAGAGUUUGCCGAAUUCCUAAAGAAAGAUUCACGCACUGCUCAGUAUGACCAGGAUACGGCCUCGGUCCUCUUCGAUAAGCUCCGCGAGAAAAUCGUUCGACGCAUCGAGGACGACCGCUACCAACAGGAACGCCACCAGCGCCGUCGCGUCGAUGCCUUGCGCUCCGUCAUUAGGCAUCUGGAGCCUGCAGUAGAGGUGACGGAUACGUAUGACAAAAUCCGACCCCGCAUCGAGAGGACAGAGGAGUACCGUACCCUUGACUCUGACGACCUUCGUCGCACCGCCUUUGACAAGCACAUCCGGCGCCUCAAAGAAAAGCAGGAAGAGCGCGACAAGGACCGCGAACGCAAGGAGAAAGAGAAGGAGCGCCACAGUAAACGUCCGGCAGCCGCAGAUGAACCCAGCAGAAACGGUGGCUAUGACUCCUAUCACAAGUCGCGCUCCUCGCGCCAUGAUCGUGAGCGCUCCAGGCAUCUUACUAGGACCCCUGAGCCAGAUGCGUAUGAAGCAGAGCGCCGACGUGCCGCCGGAGAGCGCGAGAGACAGUACCGUCGCCGUGAUAGUUCCGUCCACCGCUCUGACCGCGGGUCCAGGCCCGACAGUCGCCCGCCCCGACACGAGCGAGACCGUAGCUCCCGCCCCGAGAGUGUCUACGACCGUGAGCGACGCGAGCGUGAGGAGGAGCGCGAGCGGCAGUACAGAUCGAGAGGUGACGAGGCGCCGAGGGAUCGCGAUGAGUAUCGUCCCCGCCGUAGACGCGGGAUGUCGCCUGAAGACGACGAGAGAGACUCUAAGGUACGCCAUUCUUUCCUCCUUCUUCUUCUUCUUCCCUGUGCGUGUCCGCCGGCAACGCGCUAA